AUGGACACCAAGCGCUGCUUCGCCAACCGCUUCGAUGACUACCAGGGCAGCCUGCUGGCGGGCCAGUGCGAGGAGGCGGUGGCGCCCUUGGUCACCGCCACCAUCGAGCGCAUCCUCCAGGAGCUGCCCCCGCUGGGGGGCGGCGCUGAGGGCCGGGGGGCGGCGGCCGCAGCCAGCAGUUGCCAGGGAGGGCUGUACGGCGGCGUGGCCGGGGUGGCCUACAUGCUCUACCACGUCUCUCAGAGCCCGCUCUUCGCCGGGGCCCGGGAGCGCUACCUGCGCUCGGCCAAGCGCCUCAUCGACGCGUGCGCCCGCGCCGAGGAGUGGGGCGAGCCGGACGCCGACACCCGCGCCGCCUUCCUGCUCGGGGGCGCGGGCGUGUACGCCGUGGCCACGCUCGUGUACCACGCCCUGGGCCGGUCCGACUACGUGCAGCCGCUGGGCAAGUUCCGGUCUCUGUGCGCCGUCUGCGCGCCCGUUUCCUUCCUCGAGUGCGGCUCCGACGAGCUGUUCGUGGGCCGCGCGGGCUACCUGUGCGCCGCGCUCGUGCUCAAGCAGAAACUCGCCCAGGAGGUGCUGACCCCAGCACAGAUCAAAUCAAUUUGCCAGGCGAUCCUGGACUCCGGGAAGCAAUAUGCCAUGAAAAAGAGGAAACCAUUCCCACUGAUGUAUUCUUACUAUGGAACCGAAUACUUGGGAGCAGCUCAUGGCCUGUCGUCCAUCCUCCAGAUGCUUCUUUCGUACCAUGAGCACCUUAAGCCCUCAGAUCAGGAGCUGGUGUGGCAGAGCGUGGACUUCCUUAUGGAGCAGGAACAGAACUGCAACUGGCCACCUGAGCUCGGCGAGGCCAUCGAGAGGGAGAACGAGCUGGUGCACUGGUGCCACGGCGCCCCAGGAAUUGCCUAUCUGUUUGCAAAAGCUUAUCUGGUUUCCAAGAAACCACAGUACCUGGACACAUGUAUCCGGUGUGGGGAACUCACGUGGCAGAAGGGCCUGCUAAAGAAGGGGCCAGGGAUUUGCCACGGGGUAGCUGGCAGUGCCUAUGUCUUCCUGCUGCUAUACCGGCUCACGGGAAACUCUAAAUACAUCUACCGAGCCCAAAGGUUUGCUGAAUUUUUAUUUACCGAGGAAUUCAAGGCUGGUUCCCGGGUCCUUGAAAGUAUAUACAGCUUGUAUGAAGGCUUCUCCGGGACGGUGUGCUUUCUGAUCGAUCUGCUGCAGCCCAACCAGGCUGAGUUCCCUCUCUUCAGCGUCUUUGUUUAGAAGGCUCCGUGUCCCACCGUGGCCCUGCAGAAGGUUCCUGAGAUUUCCUGAGCCUACUACCUGAGGCAGUUUCCACAUAAGCCACAUUCAAUGGUAUUACAACCAUGAGCCUUAACAUGGCUGUCGGAAGGAAGGGAGGGAGCAAGCAGGUGAAGGCAGCAUGAUACCUGAUUGAAGGGAGAACAGUGUGAGAACCUGCAAACAUAAAGACACCACAACUCUUCUAAAACCCCUG